ACUGCCACUGAGCAAUCCUGCAGAGUCACACAGCUUCACCUGGCUUGUUACAUAGGAUUUAUUAAGGGGGCUCUGCAAGCUCUCUCCCCAGUCUGGCCACAGCUGAAGCUCUGCUAAGUUUUAAAAGAGGAACACAUUGAGAACAAAAGACAGCUACAGCCAGCAAUUUUGCACAACUGCCUUUCCAAUUGCCAGAUCAGAAAAGGAUGCAUUACAGAGAAAUGAUGACUUUGACUACAUGGGUUUGUUCAAUUUGGUGCCUGUCCUCUGCUCUGACUAUUGCUGCUAUGAUCUCAGUAGAGAACAACAUAGACAAUGGGAUUCUGGUGACUGAAGAAGUGACUUUAACCGAUUGCCAAGUGAAGGAGUUGACCCGAUGGGACAAGCUAUUCACCCUGCUGGAGAACUCCCAAAUGAGAGAGAACAUGCUGCUGCAGUCAGUGGAUGAAGUUAUUAAGGUGGAACUGCAGGCUCUGAGAGGGGAAGUCUUGCAGUUUGCAGGUGAUCUCUCAGGGAAGUGUGCCAAUGACAUUGACACUGCCACCUUAAAGAUCACACAGCAACUGGACAAGUCGCUGUCUUCUAAAUGCUUCCAAGUUCUAGAACAAGGCAACAGUUUGGAAGCUUCCCAUGGAAACGUUCUGGAGCAAUCCCUCCAGCUGAGCCUCAACAUCAGCGAUAGACUGGACAGUCUGGAGAGAGGAUUGCAGGAGAAAGCUGAGGAAGAUGGUGCCUUGAAGAAUCUAGCUACAGCAGGAUGCCAGCAAACAGAGGCAGCUCUAGACUCCGCCAUAAAGGAGCUGGAACAGCUGAAGUCUGCCAUAAAGCAAACCCAGAUAUGGAUCAACAAACGCUCCCUGCCUGCAGGUUGUGAUUCAGCAAUAUUAUUUCCCAUGAGAUCACCCAAAAUUUAUGCAAGUGUGCAUCCAGUAGACAUGACCUUGGAAGCAUUCACGUUUUGCGUAUGGAUUAAAGUAACAGAGGCCUUGGACAAAACUGUUGUCUUCUCCUAUGGCACCAAGCGUAACCCCUACGAAAUCCAGCUAUACUUAAACAAUCAGUCGUCUGUACUCGUAAUAGGUGGUGGGAAUAACGUGGUAUCUGCUGAGAAUGUGUUUGAACCAGGACAGUGGUCACAGCUGUGUAGCACAUGGAGCUCAGAAGAUGGCCAUGUAGCAGUUUGGGCCAACGGAGAAAUUAAAGAACAGUUUUUUGACGUGUCAAAGGGUCGGGCUAUCCCUGACCGAGGAAUUUUCCAACUUGGUCAAGAAAAGAAUGGAUGCUGUGUAGGAGGGGGCUUUGACGAGUCAUUAGCAUUCUCUGGAAAAAUCACAGGCUUCAAUUUAUGGGAUAGAGUUCUCAGUGAUGAAGAGAUAGUGGCAACAGGAGAUGAAAAUGGUUGCAAUAUUCGGGGAAAUAUUGUUGGGUGGGGAACUACAGAAAUCCAGGCACAUGGGGGUUCUUUAUAUGUCCAUUAGCUUUAGCACUUUUCAUAUGCGGGCACAUUUAUCACCAAAUGUGUCAGAAAGCUAACGUAAGAUAAAGCAUUUGAUACCAAACAACAUUAAUAUCAUGGUAAGACCUCAAACAUAUCAGCUCUUUUUAUUUAAGCUAUGUUUACUUGUGAAAAGAAUACUCAGUGUAGAAAAUUCAUAGAACACAUAACACUUACUGCACAUUCCCCUCCUUAUUUACUGUAACAGUGCAUACAAUACAAACAGUUCUCCCAAAGGCAAAGACUACGAAGAGAGUAGCUAUAUCUUAGCCUUAGAAUUUCUUUAAAAUGUGAAUGCAAACAUGCAGCUAAGAAUCAAAUACACUUCUUAAGUCAAAAUAUAACCACUUGUUUUAAUUAACCAUUAUAUGUAAGUAUAUACUGCUGUACUAUAUUGUAAAUUGAAUUUGUAAGAAUUGCAAUAGAACUACUGUAUUUUUGUAAAAUUGUACCAUAGAUAAAUAACAAUAUCUCUAUCACGCUGUUCCAGAGUUGUCAAGCAAAACUAUAAAUACUAAAAUAUAAAUCACAAUAACCUUUAUUUUACCUUCCAUAUGAAUUUUGUUUUGUUCAUAGCACAUAGGUUCAGAUUUUUCAGUGUAACCUAUUUGGGAGGCCCCUAUCGUUUGGAAGAAAACAGCACCCUUCCGAAUUCCAUAUUACCAAUCAACUGGUGCCCUAUCGGAUUAUCGUUAAUAUCUUAUGAUAUCAGUUGACCUGUUCUAUAUGUAUUCUGUUUACUUAUUUUAAGCAUUUUCUGUGUUUGCAAAGCUUGUUUUCUACUAUAAAAUAAAUUAAAAUGUUUUUUAUUUUAAACACAA